UUGGUCCAACCAGUCACAAGAUGAUGUGAAGUAAGCAAAAAAAAAACAUUGUUGGCGUCUCUUCCAUCCAGUGCAGCGGCUGCAGCUUCGGGCUCCUCUUUCUCACGAUGAGUGAAUCCCUGGUGGUGUGCGACGUGGACGAGGAGCUGGUUAAAAAGGUGAAGCAGUUCCGUUUGCGGAAGGAGACCGAUAAUGCGGCCAUCGUCAUGAAGAUCGAUGAAAAAAAGCAGCUGGUUAUUCUUGAAGAGGAACAUGUGGAUAUUUCUCUUGAUGAUCUGAGGGAUAUCGUGCCUGAGAGACAGCCCAGAUUUAUCGUCUACAGUUAUAAAAACCACCACGGUGACGGACGCAUUUCCUACCCGCUGUGCUUCAUCUUCUCCAGUCCAGUGGGAUGCAGACCAGAUCAGCAGAUGAUGUACGCAGGAAGCAAAAACAAACUGGUGCAAACUGUCGGAAUGUCCAAGGUGUUUGAGAUAAGAAACACGGAGGACCUCACGGAGGAAUGGCUGAAAGAGAAACUCGGGAUCUUUGGCUGAAGUGAUCCGGUGGUCUGGGAUGAGAUGAGGACCCAGAUUGCACAAUCUCUGUUAAUGUUUCCCUCCUCCCUGUACUGGACUGCUAUAAGUAGUGUUUUGAAAAUGCCUUCUGUACUUUUGGCCCCUUCAUUAGAGUUCAUGUAAUGUAUUACAAUUCAGUGUGCAACUAACUAAACCUCACCCAUCUGGCAGACGAAAACUUUAACCACUAUUUGACGCGGGUCUGCUUCAGCUGCCCGUGAAAGCAACCAAUGUGCCAGUCAUGCAUUCAAUACUCCAGUAGCUCUUAAAGAGGACAUACAGUGAUAGUUCUCACUUCCUCAGCAUGUUCUUCCAGGAGAAUGUAAAAGCAUUGUAUCCAUCAUUUCUGCUACCUUCAGUAGUUCACACUCUGUGUCUUUUGUAACUCUGAACCACUUUAGUUUCAUAUUUUUAUGUUGUGGGAGUCUUACUUUUUUCCUUGUGUGUUUAGGUUAAAGAAUAUACUUUAUAGUAGUAAUAUCCUUUUUGUUGAGGAAAAAACAGACAACCAUAGUUCCACCACAACCACAGAGAACAACAUAGAGUUCAGUAUUAAUUUGUUAGGAUAUAAUUUGGGGGGAAAACUGUAAUCAGUCAAUAACACUAAAACCAGUCCUGAAGGCUUCUAUUUGACGUGGUGGACCUUCUCGAAGGCAGAAGCCCUCAUGCUGCUUUUCACCCUACAGGCCCGACCGUCUUGAAAACACAGCACACAUGAGAGGGGGGGGGGGGGCACUUUGACCUAUUGGGCUACAUUGUUUAAGUGGGUAACUAUCCUUAUGGACAUAGUUGAUUACAUGUUGGAGGUGGCAGCUUGGCAAUGAGGUCUUGUGACUUCUCCAAAUGUCAGUUGUGCUCAACAUUUUGAGUUGGUAUGUCAUCUCCAUCUUCCAUGCAGAGGAGGGUUAGACCAGUGCACCUUUUGUGAAGGAUAACAUAACAUAUUUACGUAUUGAAUGUGCUCGCUGCUCGUAUCUAACAUCGGUUUAUACAAUUAACACAGACUGAGGUUAACAAUGCACGUUUUAGCUCUUCAUAUUUGGAAUCCAAUGGGUUGGAGAAGAGUUGAAACAACAAGAAAUGUCAAUUUACAAGCUUUUGCGGCAUCUACUGUGUGUACUUGAAUAUUUGUUGUGUCCGAAAUAAACCGCUCUUAAAUGUUUUCCACUGAUGAGAAGAAGAAAUAGCAUUUAAAACAAUAGAAUGAACUAAAAGGUCAAAACAGUUGCUCUUAAACAGGGCAAGCGCUACAAAAAAUAAAAUCUGCAAAGAACUAAUUGUACAUUUGGUUCUCUAGGCAGAUAUUUGUGUGAGAGUGCAAUUGGCCCUGUUUGUAACUAGUCUGACUCAUAAAGAAUAAUAGGAACAAAUGAUGUCCACAAAUUGCCCCUUGAUGUCAGCUCUUAUUGUGAAACUACUCCUUUGUAAAGUAGAUGAUGGUGUGUUCUGGCUAGUUUAAUUGUGGAAAGCUUCUAUAAAAGAAAUGCAUGCUUUGAGGUAAAUCUGAACAGUUUUCCUAAUGCUGCCCUAUAUUUUCGUUAAUUGAAUUAAUAAUAUAAUUAAUAUAAUACUGAAUAUAUUUCCACACAAAAUCUUUAAAAAGGGCCAACAUUUUUAACCUCCGGUCUCAACUGUGCUCUAUGAUGUUUUAAUACCCAUACUUCAUUAUUAUCGAGCUGUGCUACUGCCGUUUUCUAUAGAAAUGGGUUUAAAUGAACUGUUAUGUAUCAAAUCAAUCAAAAGCAAUCCCCUCAUUAAAUGGUCUACUUAACUAAGGGUUCCUUUUAGAGCGUUGUAAUGGUUGCGUCCCGUGGAGCCCAGUGUCCCUCCUGGUGAACCAGUUGUAUAUUUGGCUUCUUAAAGUAUUUUACUUCAAACUUGCAAACAUGUCGUUCGUCUCUUGGUGUCCUCUAUAAUCGAAUGCUUACUAUUUUAUUUGCUUUCCUUUUUAAUGAAAACACAUCUGAGACGUGUAUUUUUACCAGCUGCCUCAUGGCAUCAGUGAAUCUUGAGAUAUUUGUAUUUUACCAUACUUUAUAAAGUGUCUAUUGUCCUAUUGUUGAAAUAAAUGGCAGUGGUGUUUACCCUUCA